AGCCAAUCUUGAUCUGAUUGAACCGAAGUGCCCAGAGGCCAGAGGGGCUCGAUUUCGGACAUUGAUUCGAUAUAGGCUGUUUACGUCCUAUGAUAUCUGGGUGAGUUCAUCGCUCGAGGGUUCAGAUCGCCUAGCCGUCCAGCCAGCGCUUUAGGUUCUCGAACCUUAGAUUGAGUUCUCUUGGUACUGUGGUUUCUGAUAGGCGGAUCAUAUCUUGAUAAGAUACCCGUGGUGGAGCCUCCAAAUCCGCUCCGUGCUCAUCUGGCCAGAUAGCGAGGUUACUUCGGUUACGCCGCAUUCAUACUGCGAACCAAGCUGCAAGAACAAGGGGAUUUGACGGCGCGGAGAUGAAGCCAAUGUACGUCCUAAACCCAUGUUUAGUUGGAUCUUGGUCGCGAUCCACCAUCCCUGGACUCAUUUAUAUGUCUGCUGCCGAACGGGUGGCGCACUUCUCUCCAGCACCGUUCCGAUCACUCUUUCUCGCGGUCUCCUUGUUCUCGGAUAAUUGCAAUGGCUCCUUUAUUUAAUCUUCUGGCAAUUGCUGCUGCAGCACCACUGCUCAUCUCCUCAGCCUUCGCCUCACCGGCUCAGACUUUCGAGGCAAAGUGCCUGGCGUUCCGGCCGGAGAACUACAUCACCAACAGCUCCCGUACUGUGCUGGAAUAUGUGUCAAGCGGUACCACUCUGGCAUUGACCGACAAUGUUGCUUCCUGUGGACGUACUUCCCAAGCUGUCGCCACCAACUUGUGUCGUGUUGGCUUGUCCAUUCCAACCUCUACCAAAUCUAGCAUCUCUUUCGAACUGUGGCUUCCUGAAACUUGGAGCGGAAGAUUUCUGGGCACAGGAAAUGGAGGUAUAGAUGGUUGCAUACAAUAUGAGGGUGUGGCUUACGCAGCUCUCAAUGGAUUUGCUACGUUCGGUACCAACAGUACGUAUUAUUCUUCCCGACAAUACCAGAUUGACAUCAGACAUUGGGUCCUUGCCUAUGUAUCUCAAUUUUUGAUAUUUGAGAUAUCGAAAUCACCACAAACUAAACUUUCGUUCAGAUGGCCACAACGGGACCACCGCCAUCGACUUCAUGAACAACGAGCAGGUUGCUAUUGAUUUCGCAUGGAGAUCUCUCCAUACUGGUACUGUUUCUGGCAAGAAACUGACCAAAAUCUUCUACGGCAGGGAGCAGAAGAAAUCCUACUUUCUUGGCUGUUCCCUCGGUGGUCGUAUGGGUCUGAAAGCAGCCGAAAAGUUUCCGAAAGACUUUGAUGGAAUCGUUGCGGGGGCCCCAGCUGUUGACUUCAACAAUUUAAACUCGUGGCGAGCAUCGUUCUUCCCAAUCACAGGUCCAAUUGGGUCUCCCAAUUUCAUAACCGCUGCUAUGUGGGGAGGCCUCAUUCACAAUGCUAUCCUAGCACAGUGCGAUCAUCUCGAUGGCGUCAGUGAUGGCAUCAUUGAAGAUGCAUCAAAGUGCAACUUUGACCCUUACGCCAUCCAAUGUCAAGGGGAUGCUGCCCCUCCUACCUGCCUCAACGCUGCUCAAAUCUCCCAAGUCAAGAAGAUAUUUGCGCCUUACGUUGACGCUAAGAACAACAUCAUUUACCCAGGUAUGCAGCCAGGGUCCGAAGCGUUGUCCGCCACAAGGCUCUAUGCUGGUGUCCCAUUUGCAAACUCAGAUGAGUGGUUCAAGUAUGUCGUGUACAAUGACCCUUCCUGGAACGCAUCCACCUACUCACUCUCCGACGCCGCCGAAGCCGAACGUCUCAACCCUGGAGAUAUCAAGACAUACCCCCAUUCGUUCAAGUCUUUCGCUGCCACUGGCGGAAAGAUUCUCUCCUACCACGGACAACAAGACAACCAGAUCACAUCUUUCCAGAGCAAUAGAUUCUACGACCACCUUCUGAAGGAGACCCCACAGUCUCAGCUUGAAAAGUACUACCGUACAUUCCGCAUCAGUGGCAUGAACCACUGUAACAGCGGACCUGGGGCUUGGGUAUUUGGACAAGGUGGCGGGGCACCCAGUGUUGGCAUUCCCUUUGAGAAGGAGAAGAACAUUCUUGCUGCUAUGGUAGCCUGGGUUGAGAAAGGGAUUGCCCCCGAGACAAUUGAGGGCACUAAGUUCAUCGGCGAUGCUGUCGCGAAUGGUGUCAGUUUCACGAGACGUCACUGCCGAUACCCCAAGAAGCAAGUUUUUACUGGAGGAGACCACACUCUAGCGGCGAACUGGCGCUGCGAAUAG